AAAGAGCCAAAUGAGCCAGUCUUUUGAACGGCUCUUUUCAAAGAACGGAUCACAAAGAUGCGGAUCCCAUCAAAGAGCCAUAAAUCCCAUCUCUAAUCUGCGCUCCGAUAUCGCACGGGUCAUCCAGGUACGCUGGCAUUGUCUCUAGAGGAAAUGUCGGUGGAGAGGUGGUGUUUAAAAAGGGUGUGGUUAAUCGGAAACCUCAGGUUAACCAAGAACAUAACCUGAGACGAGCAGGUUUGAGAUGCAGCGUAAGUUGCCAUGGCAGCAUACCUCGGUUUGAACAUAGCCAACUUUCGUAGUAUGGGUUAAUCGGGAAGUUACGCUGCACGUGAUCAAGUUACUCUCGAAGUUACCCUAAUAAGCCAGAAAACCCGCUUCGUAGUACAGGGCCCGGGAGUGUUCUGAUGCCAUAAACAACAACUGAAGUGAGCAACAGAGACAGACAACAACAGACAGACAGAGGAGGGGAGAGCAACAACAGAGACAGACAAAGAAGGAGAGCAACAGAGACAGGCAAUGGAAGAGAGAAACAACAGAUAGACAAUAAAGGAGAGCAACAGAGACAGACAAUGAAAGAGAGCAACAACAGACAACUGAGACCAGAUGGUGGCGGUAAAGCGCCUAAGAACUGCUGCUCCAACUGCCAGAAAACAUUGGAGAAGAAAAACCGUUGCAUGUUUCUUGCUGGAACAUCUUAAGAUAACAGCGCCAGUCAUCAUUACGAGCUGUUAUAAUGAGUUCAGCAGGAGACAGACAGUGCUCCUCCAGGACCUCUCAGGCUCCUGAUCCCUCACAGCUGUAUGAAGACGUGAAAAUCGAGAUUUCAGAUGGAGGGACAUCCGAAGUGUCAGGAGUCUGUGUGAAGAAAGAAGAGACACUGGAAUUGAACAUCUACAACCAUGGAAACAACUUUGAGAACCCACCUGAAGUUCUCUCAAUUAAAGAGGAAGAUCCUGACAAUAAAGACUACCUCUACACAAACAUCCAGAGAUGCCAGGAUGAAGAGUAUUUGAAACGAUGCAAAUCGGGAGAUAAUAAACAUGAUCUUCACCUACCCUCCAAAGGCUCCAGUAAAAAGCCAACAUUAUCUGAUACUCUCAUUUCUGACAAUUCUAACAAUGAUGACCAAAAGGAAAUUCACCAUUGCUCAGAACGUGGAACAAAUUUUGGUCAUCAGAGUGCUCUCCAAAAACAUGAACAAGUUAACAUAAGAGAAAAACCAUAUCACUGCUCACAGUGUGGAAUGAGUUUUACUCAUCAGAGUGCUCUCCUACCACACCAGCGCAUUCACACAGGAGCGAAGCCGUAUCAGUGCUCACAGUGUGGAAAGAGUUUUAUUCAUCAGCGUAAUCUACAACUACACCAGCGCAUUCACACAGGAGAGAAGCCGUAUCAGUGUUCACAGUGUGGAAAGAGUUUUACUCAAAAGAGUCAUCUGCAAGAACACCAGCGCAUUCACACAGGGGAAAAACCACAUCACUGCUCACAGUGUGGAAUGAGUUUUACUCAUCAGAGUGCUCUCCGACGACACCAGCGCAUUCACACAGGAGCGAAGCCGUAUCAGUGCUCACAGUGUGGAAAGAGUUUUAUUCAAAAGAGUCAUCUGCAAGAACACCAGCGCAUUCACACAGGGGAAAAACCACAUCACUGCUCACAGUGUGGAAUGAGUUUUACUCAUCAGAGUGCUCUCCUACGACACCAGCGCAUUCACACAAGAGUGAAGCCGUAUCAGUGCUCACAGUGUGGAAAGAGUUUUAUUCAUCAGCGUAAUCUACAACUACACCAGCGCAUUCACACAGGAGAGAAGCCGUAUCAUUGCUCACAGUGUGGGAAGAGUUUCAUUCAAAUGGGUCAUCUCCAACAGCACAAACGGAUUCACACAGGAGAGAAGUCGUAUCGUUGCUGACAGUGUGGAAAGCUUUUCACUCAAAAGAGUCAUUUCCAAUAACACCAGCACAUUCACACGGGAGAAGCCUCAUCACUGUUCACAGUGUGGAACAGGUUUUACUCAUCAGAGUGCUCUCCUACGACACCAGCGCAUUCACAUUGGAGCAAAGCCAUAUCAGUGCUCACGGUGUGGAAAGAGUUUUACUCAAGAGUCAUCUUCAACAACACCAGCACAUUCACACAGGAGAGAAGCUUUAUCACUGCUCACAGUGUGGAAAGAGUGUUAUUCAUCAGGGUUUUCUACAGCUGCACCAGUGCAUUCACAAAGGAGAGAAGCCUUAUCGCUGCUCAGUGUGGAAAGAGUUUUACUCAAAAGUGCCAUCUCCAAGAACACUAGCGCAUUCACACAGGAGAGAAGCCUCAUUACUGCUCACAGUGUGGAAAGAGUUUUACUCCAAAUAGUGCUCUUCAGUCACACCAGCGGAUUCACACAGGAGAGAAGCCAUAUCAUUGCUCACAGUGUGGAAAGAAUGUUGCUCAUCACCGUGGUUGCCAACAGCACCAGCACAUUCACACAGGAGUGAAACCUUAUCCUUGCUCACAGUGUGGAAAGAACGUUGCUCAUCACCGUGCUUGCCAACAGCACCAGCACAUUCACACAGGAGCGAAGCCUUAUCCUUGCUCAGUGUGGAAAGUGUUUUAUUCAGCAGAGUCAUCUCCAACAACACCAGCGAAUUCGCACAGGGUAGAAGCCUCAUCACACAUGACAGUAUGGACAGUGUUUUACUCAUGAGGGUAAUCUACACGUUUACCUGUGCAUUUGCACCAGAGAAGAGCAGCAUCACUGCGCACAGUGUGGAAACAUGUUUAUUCAUUCAUUUACAUUUAAGACACCAAAGUGCAUGAACCCAGAGAUAUUGCAUGAUGUCUAGUUGUCAAAUUAUAUUUGUUUAUUACUGUUUUUCCUGGAAUUAAUCUAUAUUUUGAAAGACAUAUUUCAUUUUUUUAUAUGUAUCUUUUCUUUUUGUGGAAGGCAGUAUAUGUAAAUUUAGAGUAAUGUUCAAAAUUAGAUUAUGGAUUUGUUUUUGUUUUUUUGGCUGAACUUGAGUAGUCAUGAUACAAACCAUCACCACACAAGUCAGGCAUUAACUGCAAUACUAAUAUCAGUGUAAGCCAGCAGCAUUACACUCGAACACAACCGGUAUACUACUGGAAAGUUUAUUUGCCAGUAAACUCGAGUCACAUGUAAAUAGAGUGGAAACAAAGGCAGGCUUUUAGUUCAUUGAGUCUUUUUGCCCAUCAUCUGCUAAUAUAUUAUUUUCUAUGGUAUUUUUCCAUGGUUAUUUUACAAGAUUUAGUCAGUAACAUCAAAAUAGUUGACUGUGAUUUCAGUAAGGGUGUUUGUUCACUCAAUGCGUAAGUGUUUGUACUUUCCUCACAAUGUACACGUAUCUGUUCCUUAGGUCAUGAUGAUUUUGUCCAUGCUCCUGGUUUGCGUUAUCUAAGCCUCGGGUAAUAUCAGUCUCAUCUAGAGUGUGUCCUUUGCAUGUACACAUCAACAUAAGAUCAGUACAUACAGCAUCUUGCAAAAGUAUUCAUUGCCCUUGGUGUUUGUCCUGUUUUGUCACAUUACAAGCUGGAAUUAAAAUGGAUUUUUAGGGGAAUAAACAUCAGCUGAUUAAAAAGGCGCGUCACACACCAACAUCCGGGUGACCCUCUGAUGAAGACGGAAGUUACACUGUCGAAACAUGUCAGGUAAAGGUAAAAAGCUUUUACAUGUCUGAAACAAAAGAAAACUAAUUAUUUUGAUUUAAGAAGAAGACAUAAUGAACGUAAUAUAUUUAUUAUGGAUUUUUAGGGGGUUAGCAACAUUUGAGUUACACAACAUGCCUACCACAUUAAAUGUGCAAAUUCUCUCUUUUUUUAUUGUAACACAAACAAUAAUUAAGAUGAAAAAAAAAAACCAGAAAUCUGGACUGGGCAUAGGUAUACACACCUUUCGUACGAAACCCCUAAAUAAGAGCUGGUCCAAUCAAUUAACUUCAUAAAUCAUAUAAUUAGUUGAGUAAGAUCCACCUGUGUGCAAAGUGUCACAUGACCUCUGUAUAAAUCAACUUGUUCUGGAAGGACCCCAACUCUGUAACACUACUAAGCAAGCAACAUGAAAACCAAGGAGUACUCCAAACAGGUCAGAGACAAAGUUGUGGAGAAGUAUAGAUCAAGGUUAAGUUACUUAAAAAAAAUCCCAAACUUUGAAUAUCCCACGGAGCACAAUUAAAUCCAUGAUAGCAAAAUGGAAAGAAUAUGGCACCACUACAAACCUGAUAAGAGAAGGCCACCCAACAAAACUCACAAAGAGGGCAUUAAUCAGAGAUGCAACAAAGAUAACACUGAAGGAGCUGCAAAGAUCCACAGCGGAGCUAGGAGUAUCUGUCCAUAGGACCACUUUAAGCUGUACACUCCACAGAGUGGGAGUUUAUGGAGGAGUGGCCAGAAAAGUCAUUACUUUAAGAAAACGUGUUUGGAGUUUACCCGACAGUAUUUGACGGACUCCCCAAACACAUGGAAGAAGAUUCUUUGGUCAGAUGAGACUAAAAUUGAACUUUUUGGCCAUCAUGGGAAACGCCAUAUUUGGCACAAACCCAACACUUCCCAUCACCUGAGAACACUGCUCCUCCAGUGAAGCAUGGUGGUGGCAGCAUCAUGCUGUGGGGAUCUUUUUCAUCUGCAGGGACAGUAAUGCUGGUCAGGAUUGAAGGAAAGAUAUAUGGCACUAAAUACAGGGCAAUUCUGGAGGAAAACCUGUUUGAGUCGACCAGAGGUUUGAGACUGAGACUAAGAUUCAAAUUCCAGCAUGACUGACCCUAAGCAUACUGCUGAAGCUACAUUGGUUUAAAGGGAUACGUUCAAAUAUCUUGGAAUGGCCUAAUCAAAGCCCAAACCUCAAUCCAAUUGAGAGUAUGUGGCAUAACAUGAAGAUUGCUGUACACCAAUGCAACCCAUCUAACUUGAAGGCGAUGGAGCAGUUUUGCCUUGAGGAAUGGGCAAAAAUACAAGUGGCUAGAUGUGCUAAGCUAAUAGAGACAUACCCAAAGAGACUUGUAGCUGUAAUUGCAGCAAAAGCUGGCUCUACAAAGUAUUCACUUUGGGGGGGUGAAUACCUUUUGCACAUGCCAGGUUUCUGUUUUUUCAUCUUAAUUAUUGUUUGUGUCGCAAUAAAAAAAAACACUUUGUACCUUUUAAAGUGGUAGGCAUGUUGUGUAAAUUAAAUUGUGCUAACCCUCCAAAAAUGCAUUUUAAUUCCAGCUUGCAAUGCGGUAAAACAGGACAAACACCAACAGGGAUGAAUAUUUUUGCAAGUCACCGUAAACUGGCUGUGUCCAACUUUUGUUUAGCCCAAGACAGUUGCCCAGCUUGUCUUUGUGUGCACAAUAAACCGUCUCUUUUGUUCUA